CGCCGGGCGAGGGAUAUUAAUUUGAUGGAGCAGUAUGAUGUGUAUUCAUCGCGAAAUGGAUUAUCGGGUGCUACUGUGUCACUCCCCAGAAGUCAUGGAAAGUACAAACGUGACAAAGGGGAGUUUGGAAAUGACGAUCUCAAAAUGAUUGCUCUCAAAGUGCCUCGUCAGUCUUCGCCAAACUCAGACGUCCACUUGGUACAGCAAGCUGACACUAGUGCCAUGAGUGUCCUGCCCCGACUACUACGCACAAUGACCAAUGGCAGCGGUCGGGAAAACACAGGAGUUGCCAACACAGCCGCAUCUGGUCAUGCUUUACUUACCGAUGGUCGAGGUGGUGGUGACAAUAUCACCACUGGUGGUUGCAUCGACAAUAACAACCAUCCCAACGUCGCGCCCGGACAUAAUAUUACAGAAACGGACUCUUCAUCAUCUUCGUCCUCAUUCAUCUCAGCUCCUUCUUCCGGUUCCAACUCAUCUUUCAUAUCAUUCAUCGCGCCUGGUCAGUUGGGUUCGGUGGCAGCUAUGGCUGCUGCUGCGGCACUUAAUUCUCCAGGCACAGCCUCAUCAGUGGCGGCAUCACGUGAAACUCCCGAAUCGGCUGGUCUUGUGACACUAGCCACUGCUAGCACUAUGCUCGAGAAGGAGUGGCUGGUCAGGACAGCAUUCGCAACUGACAGUACGACCUCCACUACAAAUAGCAGCAGCAGUGGCAACAGCGGGGAUGGAACUUCAGCAGCCAUUACUCAACCGACGAUAGACCUCCCUCAGACAACCACUGAAUUGGUCACUUUGACCGUGGACCACGGGGCUGAUUCAAAUCCAGGAGGUUCUCCUCCUAUGCUUUUCAGAACACUUACGUCUACCUCCCCCCAUUCACAACUUAACGGAUCAACGCCUGUCACUAGAGCAGUGCUAAACGUUCAAGGUCUGGCAGCAUUGAUACGAGAAACCCAAAAACAACGUUCUGCAUCCAACACACCCGUUGAGCUGCCACAGAACUCCAUACUUCCGGUGACCUCUGAUACCGGCGUUUCACACUGUUCGGAUGAUACUCGAAUCGUCUCCCCGAGCCACUUAGGGACCUCUUCGACGCCUACACUUCUCACCCUGGCGCCUGUUACACAAUCUAGUGCGAAUACCACGGCUGUGACGGGUGAGUCGACGGAAAACCCGGUGUUGUCUGCGGAGACCAACGCGGACUCCGUUUCGACGCAACCCACCGCCUUUAUCUCGUUGCAACCAGCACCCGGAUCUUUGCUGAGUUCAUCCGAUCUGCAGCAGUUAAUGGCUAGCGGGGAAUUUAUGAACUCGGCUCGACAGACCUUACUCGGCCAGUCGCCCGAUGGGAGCACCCGGCAGCUUUACCUGCUGGUACCGAGUGAUUAUCCGGUGAUAAUGUCCCGGAAUUCAACGAACCAAACCGGAUCAAAUGUGUCACCGUCGUCACCACUGAUGGAAACCAACACCAGUGGGGCUCCCAUUCUUGAAGCUAUUUCCCCAGGCAUCGAGCCUGAAGAGAACGGUAACCCAUUGCCCAACCUGUUAUCUUCCGUCCGGAGUCCCCAGCCGGUUACAAUGGCCCUGCCACAAUUAGCUGGUGCGGUUCUCGCACCCAUGAGUUCUACAUCGACUGCGCUGUCUACAUUAAUCGCCGGACUGGACGCUAGAAAUCAAGCCCAACACGCGAGAUAUUCCAGCGCACAAACAGCAACCGUUCCUGCUUCCUCCACGUCCACAUCACCGUCAUCAUGGUCAAACACAAAUUCGAUUGUUCAAACGACUGACUCGUCUCGUAUUCGGCUACCUAUCAAUCUUCCAGGUCUUUCGCUCUCCGACCAUAAUAUUAUUUCUACCGACCAGUCCUCAUACUCGAGUCUUGCUGGGAAUCGUAUAAGCACGCUUCUCGGGUCCGUCAAGUCCGAUCCUGAUAUGUACACUCCGAACGGACAUCCCUAUCCAUCUGUUGUGGAAGAUUCGGAUCUGUCCACUUCAAUUUUGUUGCCCCAGUCCACCCUGCUCAAUACGACGUCACUGCUUGGUGGUAGCGCAUCUGUUGCAAACGCUGGCAAUGGGAACAACAACAGCAAUAGCAGUAGCAAUACUGCUAGUGGGGUUGUAACUGGUACCACUGGUGGCAACCCUCCGAACGCAGAUGCUGGUAUUAACACUCACUUCCUUCCUUCACCUAAUUUAUCGCGUGUGAACUCCUCUUUCAACCCGAAUGGCUUGUCCGUUUCUACUUCGGGACCUGGUUCCAAAGUGGUUGACGAGUGCCGCCGGAAUAUGGCUGGAAACCUCCUAUCUACUAGUACAAAUGGCCGAAACGAUCAAUCUUCCGCCGCCUAUCUUGAACAUUUGAACCCGGAAUCAAAAGAUAUUCGACGCCGAGUCAGCCACAAUGAGGUCGAGCGAAGACGGCGGGAUCGCAUCAAUACAUGGAUCAGUGAACUGUAUAAAUUGCUUCCACCAGAUGAGCAAGCCAAGUCACAGUAUCAAAGUAAGGGUAUCGUGCUGAAGCGCGUCUGUGAAUACUUCCAGAAUGUUGACAGCAUGCUCAAAGCGGCCAACGCAGCUGUUGAACAGACGCGAGUGGAGAACGGGUUACUCAGGCAGCGAAACAGAGAAUUGCAACAAGAGAACCAACUGUUAUCAGCAUCGUUACAUUUGGGUGCAGCAGCAGCUGCCGCUCACUUGAAAAAUCGGCAACCACGUGCUCCGUUGCAUCCAAACCCCGAGGACUCUAACGGUGCUGGACCUGGUGAUAAUAGCAGCGGUACACAGUUAAAGGAACCCAACGAAACUGCUGACUAUCCUGCGACGGUCACUGUCUUUGCCGUCAAUCCGAAUACCGACUAUGGUCAUGGCUCUAACUUUAGUCAAGCCAGUUCCACGGGCCUGCUGCCCAACCAGUCUGUCCCUUCAGCCAGUUUUGCCACAGUAGCCACUCUUAAUAAUGGUAAUUCUGGCGUGUUUACCUUGCACACGGGCAACACAUCGGUGGGGUCUUCAAACACAAGUAUGGUGAAUAAUACACUGGUCCGCCCGUUGACUUUACCGAGCUUAGAUCUCGUGGCUAAUCACAGUGACAGUCGACCCGAGUGAGGUUCCUCAGCUCCACCCACAAUGGUGUUCCAUCCACACAGUUUAUCAAAUCAAAUUAGUUUUCUUUUUUCAUGAUUUUCUUUAUGGCCUAGUUUGAACAUUAUCGCGUCCUAACUAUCACGAACACUUGUCUAUGCAUCCACACACAGCUGGUUACAUAUGCCUCCACACUCUACGAUUGUCGCGAAUGUGAUCUCUUCUGAAGGGAAAGAAGAUACUGUUUAUGAUUGUCCCUAUCCAUCAAACGGCAUCACCAUGUAUAGGUUAUCGUGGAGGCUACGAUCGUCUUUCCGUUUCUACCCACACACAGAGUUGUCUGUUUUGCCUCUUCCCCUCCAGGACGUCCCAUUUCUUGUGAAAGAUAGGUAACAGCGCUAUAUCUAUAUUAGCAAUCCCCUUAGUUCACUGAAACUUCUGCAAACUGGUGGCCUCAUGCUCCUAUCAACUCUCCACCUUGAACUGUGAAGGUCAUCUGUCAUGCCUUCUCUAUUUUUCCUGGUGAUUUCUAACACGUCCUAUCAUCACUGCUACUUUCACAUUGUCCACUACAACAGACUCACCACCUUGCCGCACCCUCAUUGUGCACAUUCCUGUGAUAGUAAUGCUCUUUCUUCCUUAUUUUCAAACGCUACCGUUUCUCGGAUUGUCAUCACUCUAACUGAUUGGUCGUUCUCAUACGCAACCAUACUUGCGUAACCGGUACGUUUGUGUGCUAGUGACCAUUGUUGCUCUUGUCUGUAGCCCUGUCUCUCUCUCUACUCCAUUCUCACUCCCGUCCACAGCCUUUGCCUCACGCUAAAAUAACCUAGCCCUCUGAUUUUGCUUGUACGUUGCGCCCAUAAUUUAUUUCUUGAUUGGCUCCUUGUGUGGCUCUUUACCACCACAACUGCUACCACUACGUCCCAUUUUUCCGUAUUCUGUCUUUCAUAUGCUCCAAAAAACAGAAGGCGAGAAAAGCGUAGGAACCUGCAUCGAACAACACCAGCUUUGGUCUGAUCCAUGUUCGAACGAUAAUACCGGGCUCGCCUCAUCUGUGCCGGCGCUAUUUUGUGGGAACUUAUAUGGAUAUCCACUGCGGCACCCAUUCAUUUCCCCGUCCUUUCUACACUUCUUGUGGUACUUUGUGUUUCAUAUUUUCACCAGUUUAUGUUUACUAUGUUUUUGCUUGGGAUGGAUAUCUUCAUUGUUGUUGUUCAAAUGCCUGACAGACUCGUUGGUUUCCAGACGGCUCCUUCCCAUCCCCUUCCCAAGGUUGACCGUUUACCUGUUGGGUUGCUGGCGCAUCGUGUUUGAACUUGUUCAAUGACAUUUUGUUGCAGUGUUGCCUUUGUUUUGUUUCACUCUUCAUCCACCCAUACAUAUUGCCAUCGGGCACAUCGCUCCGUAUGUUGGACGAUGGCUCUGUGUUCUUGUUUACCGUUCCGAUUUGUGACUCUUCCGGUUGAGGUUUGUGCUAUGUUUCUUCUGUGUAUGUGUGUGUGUGUGUGUGCAACGAUCCACGUGGUCAUGUUGUCUUUUUGCGUAUGUGCAUUCGAUUCAUGACUACGUUUUUCUGCACACACGGGAAAGCUUGUAACAACUCAGUCUGGUCAUUUAAAUAUUUAUUCUUUUCAGUGCGGCUCGUUCCUCCCAACCACCCACUCCUAAUUCAAUAUAGCUCACCGAUUGGAGGUGGUAUCCUUGAAGCCACCAUACUGUGCUCGUUGCACAGUCCGACGGAGUUCCCAGUUUAGGUAACUAAAGCUUGCUGGAUUUGUCUGUUCACUUGUUGAAUGAUGGGGACAGUUUCGGUCACUGUCCUUCUAUCUAUCCCAUCUCUCUCUCUAUGGCUGCAUUUUGCUAAACGUUUUUCCACAACCCGUUAGGCCUGUUCUUUCAUCAACACAACUUCUUAGUAUGCCUGUUUAUUGCUUGUUACAUAGAUAACAGACCGCGAUCUGGAUAAAAC